AGCAAUAUUGUAUAAAUAUAGAGAAAAGGCACCAAAACCGAUAUAAGUAAGACAAACCGACAUACCUAUGUCUCUCGGCCGUAAAGUACUGAACUCGAUCAGACAGAAUAUGAACUUCGUCUACUGCGUACAGUAGGCAGAACUGUAUUGAAGUGUGUACAGUUUCUGUUUGUAAGCGUGUUCGAUUGUGUUAUUAGCGUCGUUUGAUUUUUCGUUGCACUGAAGUUUUUGUUGAGCUAUGUUGUGAAAAUUUAAAGUAACGAAUCAGCGGUAAGUAAUUUAUUUGACAAUGUUAUUUUAUAGUAUAUGAGUUUUGAACCUUUUUUUAAUUAUUUUUAAUCUUAUACCAAUCUUUCUAUCCCCUGUCACUGAACCACGCAAGGAAAGUUAGGCUUUGUCCCGUAAACCAAUAUACCUCAACUUUGCUAUGAAAUAUCAUUUCACAGAAUACAGUUGACCGGUAACUUAUCUUUCCCUGUUUUUCUUGUUUGUCCAACAUGGUCGCAAAGAAGAAAUUAGAGGAUUCCUUUCUACAUAAUAAAAGAAGAGUAAAAAUCCGUCAGUGGGACUCAAGUAAUAUGGCUAAGGCUAUAGCAGCUGUUCGAAAGCAUGAAAUGGGGUGGUUAAAGGCAUCUAAAACUUUCCAAGUGCCUCAGAAAACUUUAAGAAGACUAGCCGAUGAGAAAUAUGGUACCCCAGAAGAAGCAGCUACCUGUAAACUUGGAAGACCACCUGUCUUCAGUCCAGAAUUAGAAAAGGAGCUUCUUCGCUACUGUCUGACCAUGGAAACUACUUUUCAUGGUCUAACAAGAAAGAACCUACGCAGACUGGCCUUGCAGCUUGCUAUUAAGAACAACAUUAAGCAUCCAUUCAAUGAUAUUAUGGCUGGGAAAUCUUGGCUUCGCUCAUUUCUUAAAAGACAUCCAGAGUUAUGCGGACAAACAAUUUCGUACAGCAAACCUAUAGAAACGUCUUUUGCAAAGAAAGAAGGUUUCACUAAGAACAUUGUUGAUAAUUUUUUCAAUUUGUUAGAUGCAACAUUCAAUGAAUAUAAUUACCCUCCCGAUCGUAUUUAUAGUGUAGAUGAAAUAGGCUUGAGGAUUAUCCAAAGCAAAGUCCCGCAAGUUAUCGGAAUAAAAGGCAAGCGACAGAUUGAUGUUGUUUCGUCAGCGGAAAGAAGAUCAUUGACAACAAUUAUUUGCUCAAUGAAUGCUACUGGACAUUUUGUACCGCCUAUGGUAAUUUUUCCCGGGAAAACCAUGUCACAUCUGUUAAUGAGAGGUGCCCCUGCUGGCUCAAUUGGUGUUGCCCAUCCGUCAGGGUGGGUACAAACUAAUUUAUUCACACAAUGGUUUGAACAUUUUAUUAGUAAGACAAAACCUACAAAAGAAGAUCCUGUUCUGCUCUUGCUAGAUGGCCAUUUCAAUCAUACGAAAAACUUAAAAUUGAUUGAUCUGGCCAGGGAAAAUUUCAUAAAAAUCAUUUCAUUUCCGCCAUACACAACGCACAUGCUACAACCGCUGGAAAAAACCUUCAUGGAGGCGUUGAAGACUUAUUAUUCGGAGGAAAUAGGAUUGUGGAUGCAUUCAGCAGGAAAGCCAGCGACCGGAUUGUAUCCACUCAAUCGUGGAGUAUUUUCAGAUUGUGAUUUUAUAGCUGCCCAAGCAGAUGCUGGUGUUCAAGAUGUCAGUAGCAUUUCUGAUAACGUAUCUCUUCCAGCUACUCCUCUUAUUGGAAUAGCUUCCCUCGUUCCAGUUCCUUCGGUUGAACCACAAUCGACUACUGCAAUACCCUCAGUUGGAUUACAGCUCUCUACAUCAGGUGGCACUAAUGCAUUUGACAUAGCUUCAGUUCUUGAGAAGAGAAGAAAGAUUUCAACUGGUAGAACUGCUGAAUCCAAUAUAAUAACCACGUUGUCAUACAAGGCGGAAUUAAUUGCUACAACGGAGAAGAAGGAAGAGAGAGAAGGCAGAAGAGGUCGAGGCAUUAAGUAUGAACUGAAACAACCAGCAGGCUCAAAGGGACAAUCAAAUAAAGUAAAAGCAAGGCCAGUGAAGAAGCUAAAUUCUGAAAAAACAGAUGAUGAUUCUUCAUCAGUUGAAGAUUUAGUUUCAAGUUUAUCAGCGAGCGAUGAUGCGGCAUGCAUUUUUUGCGACCAAUUUCAUUCUCAAGACAAUAAAAGAUUGGAGAAAUGGGUUCAAUGUCUAUCUUGUGAGGAGUGGGCACACACCGAAUGUGCCGGUGCAGAUAGAGAUAUUUAUAUUUGUUAUUAUUGCCAGUAGAUCGUUAUAAUCAAAAUAUAGUUUCAAUAAUUUUAAUACGAUUUUAUGUAAUUUUUCAAAGUAACUCCUUGAAUGAAUUACUUUUUUGCGUUAUUUUCUCAAAUGACUAGUUAUGGUUAAAUGCAUCGUUAAAUUUCUAAAAUUUUUAAAAAUAUGUAAGA